GGAGGAGGGGGAGUAUCCCAGCAUGCCCCUGUGCAGUGCAGCCGGCGAUGGAUACUGCAGCCUGCUGCUGCUGCUAACACAUGCUGCCAUUUCCAGCCUGUCUUCUCUUCCUCCCUAAGGGACCCGUGAUCGAGCCGCCCAGCAGCGGGACUAGCCCAACACUGAGCCGUGCCCUGUACCCAUCUCCGAGAUAAGCAGUACCGCCUGCCGCUGCCAGCCCGGGAGAGGGGGUCCACCCUUGCCGUGGAGGGGGGCAUGGACCCCCUGGCCAAACCCUGCCCGGUUCAGGGAGAGCUAAACCCACAAAACCAGGACUGUGAUCUGUUAGCUCCUCUCGAAGCUGCCGGAGGAGAGGGAGACGAGCGCCGCAGCAGUAGGAACGAGGCGAGGGGAGGCGAGCCCCAACUCGGCCCCAGGGAAAUGGAAGAGUCGCUAGAAGAGAAGCUCAAAGGGCUGGCAUUUAGAAAGCAGACUUCGUACAGAAAAGCCAUUUCCCGUUCUGGCCUCCAGCAUCUUGCCCCGUUCCAGAUGCCCUUCCCUUCACUGACAAAUGGGCCUGCCAAGGAACUUCGGACCACUGUAGACUGGAGCGAGAACGCAGUAAAUGGAGAUCACCUCUGGCUAGAGACAAACUGCUCUGGAGAUCUGUGCUACCUGGGGGAGGAGACUUGUGUUGUCAGGAUUGCAAAGUCAGCCCCCCGGAGGAAGUGCGCAGCAUGCAAGAUCGUGGUGCACACCGCCUGCGUGGAGCAGCUGGACAAGAUCAAUUUCCGAUGCAAACCAACUUUUCGAGAGGGAGGCUCAAGGUCUCUGAAGGAUCAGAACAUUGUUCGGCACCACUGGGUUCAUCGACGUCGCCAAGACGGAAAGUGCAGGCAGUGUGGGAAGAGUUUUCAGCAGAAAUUCUCCUUCCACAGUAAAGAGAUUGUUGCCAUCAGCUGCUCAUGGUGUAAGCAGGCGUUCCACAAUAAGGUGACCUGCUUCAUGCUGCACCAGAUCGAGGAGCCCUGCUCCCUGGGGGGUCAUGCUGGGGUCAUUGUGCCCCCAUCCUGGGUCAUCAAAGUGAAGAAACCUCAGAAUUCUUUUAAAAACUCAAGCAGAAGAAAAAAAAGGACAUCGUUCAAACGAAGGACCAGCAAAAAGGGUACAGAUGAAACCAAGUGGCGACCUUUCCUGAUCAAGCCCCUCCCUUCUCCGCUGAUGAAGCCAGUCCUUGUCUUUGUGAAUCCAAAGAGUGGGGGGAACCAGGGUACAAAGGUGUUCCAGAUGUUCAUGUGGUUCUUGAACCCCCGGCAAGUCUUUGAUCUUUCCCAAGGCAGUCCGAGGGAGGCGCUGGAGCUCUAUAGGAAAGUGCCAAACUUGCGUAUAUUGGCGUGCGGAGGUGAUGGAACGGUGGGGUGGAUUCUGUCUGCUCUGGAUGAAUUACAGUUGAACCCGCCACCGCCUGUGGCAGUGCUACCUCUUGGAACUGGGAAUGACCUGGCACGCACUCUUAACUGGGGAGGGGGCUACACUGACGAGUCUGUCUCCAAGAUCCUGUGUCACGUGGAGGACGGGAACAUUGUGCAGCUGGACCGCUGGAACCUGGAGGUGACGAGGGAUCAAGGUGACCAGGAGGAUGGGGCACAGAAGGUCAGCACUACACCCCAGCUUCCUCUGAGUGUCUUUAAUAACUACUUUAGCCUGGGGUUUGAUGCCCAUGUUACACUUGAAUUCCAUGAAUCCAGAGAAGCUAAUCCAGAGAAGUUCAACAGUCGUUUUCGGAACAAAAUGUUUUAUGCAGGGGCAGCUUUUUCCGACUUUUUGCAGCGGAGUUCCAGAGAUUUAGCAAAACACGUCAGAGUUGUGUGUGAUGGCACCGACCUUACCUCCAAGAUCCAGGAGUUAAAAUUCCAGUGCAUCGUCUUUUUAAACAUUCCCAGGUACUGUGCUGGCACCAUGCCCUGGGGCAACACUGGUGAUCACCGGGAUUUUGAGCCACAGCGCCAUGACGACGGCUGUAUAGAGGUCAUCGGGUUCACCAUGGCCUCUCUGGCGGCACUCCAGGUCGGAGGUCACGGCGAGCGACUGCACCAGUGCAGGGAGGUGACUCUGACCACUUUCAAGACUGUCCCAGUGCAGGUAGAUGGGGAGCCCUGCAGACUGGCCCCCUCCACUCUGCGCAUCUCUCUCAGGAACCAGGCCAACAUGGUGCAGAAGAGCAAGAGGCGUACCUCCGUACCCCUGCUCAAUGAUAUUCAGAAAGUCUGCACGGCCGACCUGCGCCGUGUUUCCGCUCCCCCAGACUCCUUUACUGUCCCUCACUCUGUUCCAGACCGGUUGCGGGUUCGAGUGAACAGAAUAAGCUUGCAGGAUUACGAGGCCCUUCAGUUUGACAAGGAGAGACUGCGAGAAGUCUCCAUUCCAGUUGGGAUCAUUGUUGUUCGUAGAGACUGUGAUCUGGAGACCUGUCGGCUGUACAUCGACCGGCUGCAGGAGGAUAUUCACCCAGGUUUUUCCAGCACUCACAGAGUACAUUACCAGGAUGAGAACGAAUUCCAGUACAGACCACGCUCCCAGAGACUCUCUCCCAACUGGUGCUUUCUAGAUUCUUCUUCUGCUGAUCUGUUCUAUCGCAUUGACAGAGCUCAGGAGCACCUCCACUUUGUGACAGAGAUUUCUCAAGACGAAAUCUUCAUCCUGGAACCCGAGAAACAGCCUGGAAGCAACACUUGGGGAAUGCCAGACCUGGUGGUGGAGCCCUUCUCAGGGAUGUCUGAGUUGUGGAACGGCUCUGUCAGAAAGCGCAUUGUGAGUGACAGUGGUGUGCUGCACUCUGCUACAAGACGGGAGAAUCAGGAAAGGCAGUCAGAAGACCGGGACACACAGGGGUUACGGACCCCUGUAACUCCAGAAGAGCAAGCUCUACUACAGGCUGCUGUAUGCGGAGACUUGCAAAAGUUCUCGGAGAUCUGCCAGCGAGGCAUUAGCUUGAUGGUGAGGAGUUCAAACGGCUGUUCUGCACUACAUCUUGCAGCCCAGCACGGGCACAGGGAGAUUGUCACCUUGAUUCUGGAGCACUGCUCCAUGGCACUGCUAGACAUCGGAGACAGUGAAAUGGGGGAUACUGCGUUGCACAAAGCUGCCUACCAUCGCCAGCACAGUGUCUGCAGGCUGCUCAUCGAUGCAGGGGCCUCCUUGAUUAAGCCUGAUUUCCAGGGGAAGACUCCCAAGGACAAGGCCCAGGCUGCUGGGGACUCAGAUUUGGCCUCAUACCUGGAGAGCAGGCAGCAAUACCAGAUAAUCACUCACGAGGACCUGGAGACUGCAGUGUGAGUCACUGGAACCCGAUGGAGAGACUUGAUGCUCUGCUUCCACACAUGGCUUUGACUCCCCCCACACACACACACACACACCAAUCCUGCACCCAGCAGUGGGGUGCAGAGGCUGAGAAGAACUGAGGAGAAUUUUUCAGACUUUACCAGGAGGCUGCAGGCUGUUAUUUAUUUUGAAUUUAUUUUUUGAGAGGUGACGGAGGGGUUGGGCAGCUGGCUCAUAAUCUUGUAUCCAGCGACAGAGAAUUGCCUCGCUAUAUCAUCCAGUUCGUUGGACCUACCUUUCUCUAUGAUGUGAACACUGUGCACAAUAUAUAAUACUUAAUUAUGGAGAAACAGUAUUAGAGAAUGUGGUGUGGAUUUUACAGGGCUGUCUGUCCUGUGCAUUCAGGAUCCUCUAUUGUCAUUUAGCAGAGACAAUCCAAAAAAGCUCUAUCAUGAGGCUCUGAAGAUCAGGAGCUCCUUAUUGUGCUCAGUAGGUUUCAGGGGAGAUUCACUUUCUCCUUGUGGAUAGGUCUGGAAGCAGCAUUUGAGUAGAAGCUAUAGUGUAAUUUCGUAAUGGUCGAGAAGCAUGAGGCAAUUUUCCUGUUGAAGCAGCUUUUUGUAUUUUUUUUUCUUUUUGCUUUUUUUUUUCUUUUUGCUUUGAUAGUGUUGCUUCAAGUUUUUUGUAUAUGGGGGAAAAUGUCACACGUAGUUGCUUUCUGUUGCAUGCUCAUGCCACCAUAUCAGCUAGCUGUUAAACCUUUUUAAACUGGCCUGCCUCACUGCUGGGGGCAAGACUUAUUAGCAGUGUUUCUGGUAGACACUAGUGUAUAAGGCACUCUAAAAGUACAACUCCCUUUCCCUGUUACAGUAGUCCUACUUUACACCACAUCACAACUUCCCAUUCUUUCUCACCCAGUUUACUAUAAGUCUCACUGGCUUCCAGUACUUUUGUAGUCUCAGCUCAGUUUGGUAUCUCCAGCAGCUCUUAAAAUGCCUUCCCCCUUUUUCCCCACUCCCUCCCGCUCCCAGCCCUCUCAAAGCGUGUUAGCCUUCCUGAGUGGACCAUGCUUCUCCUAUAGUGAGUCGGAUCUCAAAGCAGGAAUUUCUAAGCUUUGAAUUUGAAGUUUGGAGCAGGCUGACAUUCCAGGAGCAUAGCCUUUUUUUUGGAGAAUGUAUUUAUUAUAUUUUAAAUGUCCUAAAAUACUUGUUUAAUGAUUUAUUUGCUUACACUGGAUUGCCUACAUGAGAUGCAUAAUCAGAUUCUCCAGUAUGGGAAUCACAAGUUCAACUUUUCAGAAAAGGUUUUUGCUGUUUUAACCCGACAAGCAGUCGGCUAGUAUUGAAGCAAGCUUCUCCCAGUUAGAAUAAAACUGAUGUGCAUAGCGCCACCUAGUGCAUAGUCAGAAAAAUUGUGGCUGUCUGUGAGCUACCCCAGGUUUGCCAGAUAAUGAUGUGUGUGCAGAGCACCUCCCUGUUGGUAAACAAGGAAAUACAGUAAGACAAAAAAAAAACACCAAAAAUAUAUUGAAUUCUUCCACCAUGUCUUGAGAUGUGCGGAAACUAUUUUGAAAAAAUCUCACACAUAUUGUAUUUGUUUCUAUAAUGGUUCAAUUUGUUGUUAUUGUUUAUAUUUAUUUAUGUCUCUUUAAAAAAAAAAUCUUGAGCCAUAUUCAGUGCAAUAUGAAUGGAUGACACGUGCAUUAUUUACAUUACAUUAAUGUUAUGAAACAUGGGGGUUUGUGAAUGGUACUGCAGGACUUUGUGGUGGAUGGUAUUUUACAGUGGCAUGGUUGGAAGUUUAUUGUUUUUGGUCAGUCACUAGAUGGGGGGCUUUUAUUGUUUACUCCUCACAAGACGGACACCUGUUUUGGGGGCCUCCUGGCUUGUGGCAAAUCUUGGAUUACACAUAUUAUGAAAUAACUUCUGCCACUUGUUUUAUCAGUACCUAAGACACUUUAAGGAGGAAAGUGCAAAUCGUAUCUUUUAAAAUACAGUGUCCCCUAGAAUGUUUUUAUUUUAUUAUAAUUAGGGCUGUCAAUUAAUCGCAGUUAACUUCCGCAAUUAACGCGUUAAUUAUUUGUGAGAUUCAUUUUUUUAAUGCACGUUAAUCACACUCCAGUCUUGUCCCUCUUAGCAUACCAUAAUUCAUAUCCUGCGGCAGCAUUUUAAUACAGUCGAGUUCAUGCCAGGAUUGAAUGAGUGUCGUCAUGAAUAUAAAAUUAGACACAGAACUGCAUUAUGUAGCAAAGCACUCAAA